AUGCUCAUGAGUGAUGGAUUACUGCGUGUGUUUUGGCCGAAUGAUCUUCCCCGGUCGACAGCGCCCGGGGUGAUCGUGGGAUGGCGCAAUUCGGAAUUGGACUUGUUUGUCCUAAGCGUGCUGGAGGAUGUUGAUCCUCGGAGUGUCGAAAAUGCUCUGCGCGCCGGGAUCUUAUUCCGUAACAGCCCACACCCAAUCUCCCAGAUAUUUUCACUCUGUGGGAGGUCGGCGAUGCACGUGUUGGGCUCCACGAACCCUCCAGAACCGCCGACAACUUUCAAUCCAUCCCAUCUCUCGGUGACUACAAGUCCGUCAUGCAAGGUCCCGCGCAUUUUCUGCCCGCCGGAGACGAAUAUCUCAGUCCAGAUCAUCAUGUUCGACCGUCCGCAUCCGACGAGAAUGCAAUAUAUGUCUCUCGAGCCAAUUUCCUUGGCCUUGGCUGACAAACGAUCCACGGAGGAGAGGGACGAAGCUACCGCCGAUAGCAUCGAUGCAGAGGAGGAAAUGGAAAAGGCUCGAUCGCGAAAAUUGGUUGAAAAGUUGAAAUUCCACACGGUGGUCCGGCAUGUGCCUUCGAACAAAGAACUCGCCCUUCCCGUGAUUUUGAACCAGAUCAACUGCGCCUUUGAGAUGGGUAAACUCAUCGAGAAGAAUAGCAAAUUGAUUGGGACGCGUCCGAAGAGAAGCAUGAGUGUUAGCGAACGCGUCGUCGAGUCUGCAACAACCCUCUGGGAUUUCUUCGUUCUUGGUGUUGCCUACGUGUUCUGGCAAUGGCUCUGGCCCGUCAUCACGAGGUGUUUCGUGAUCGGCCUCGUCUGCCACCGUGCAAUUGCCGAAAUCGUCCUGCGCAUCCUCGAAUGGCGAGCCCGUCCAGAUGCCGCUGCGCUGAAAGAUAUCUCCGCGACGGCGCAGCAGGUAGAUAUUCGGCUACAGCAAUUCUGCUACUGGCCUAUUCAAUAUAUGAAGCUACGACAGCGGAAAGACAACUGGGAGAGCAUUACGACCAGCCACCCAGACUAUAUUCGAUUCUACAACAGCUUGUGGCUGGUUGCGAACGAUGUGAUUAUCGGGAUCGCCCUGGGUUCAUACAUCAUAGACAACGCCCACUGGGUUGCCUAUCAGAUCAACCAUAUUAUCAGCGGCUGGACCGUACAAGGUUUGCAGCGCACCAUCUCCUGGCUCAUGGGUUGGCCGGCAGGGUUGAAGCUCAACAAUGAGCUGGCAGCCUUUCUGGGCGACCUGUUUCUGUGGGUCAUUGAGCAUUGGGCAGCGUUCUUGAAUCAUUUCCCACUCUUUGCAUUAAUGUUGCGCGUUAAAGAUUCGAGACGGUUACCAGGUGGUAUUCAUUUCGAACUGCGGGAAGAAUACGAUAAGUCGGCACCGUCGAAUGACAAGGUGAUAUCAUAUAUUUAUCUUGACUCGAUUCCCCUCCCGCUCCGAGCCAUGUUCGACCAAUACUUCCAACUUGCUCACCGUCUCCGGAAACACUAUCUCUCGCCCAGUGUCAUCCUGUGCCUGGUCACCGGCCGCUUCGUGCCCCCGAUCCACCGCCGCAACCUGUACAGCAUGCAGUACAGCAUGUUGCCAGCCCGCCGGGCCGGGAUGAUGGAAGUCUGGACCCAGCUGACGGAGAAAAGGAGCAGCGGAGGAAGUAGUGGCGCGAACUCGGUCCUCGUCGGCAACGGCGGGGUCAUGAUGGGGAAUGGAGGGAUCAAGGUCCCUAGCGGGUUUGGAACCGGAGGCAGCCGGCGAAGAUAA